UAAUGGCGAUUCGCGGAGUUUUUCUACAAUUGCGUUGGUUUCCCAUCAAAUUAAGCGUCGCGAGUUACAUACUUCGAUAUAGUGUGGACUAGAGGAUGCCCUUAAAACAAUGUAGUGAUCUCACCUGAAUGUAAACAUAAUGUAAUACAAUAAAUGUAUUUGUCCAAAAUGGCGACUGGUUGCGAGUGACAACACCCGCGUGGCUAGUCGUCGUGCAUAAAAUUAAAAUUAAAUUAUCAGGUUCACGUUUUUUUUAAACAAACCCGCCGACUUCGAAUAAACCGACACAACAACCUAACUGGGGGCUUUACACUUACAACAAUUUUAUGUACGGCAACGGUUUUUGAUAUGACGUCACCUUUACCCUUUAACCUUUCACCCUAAGCCACAGUAGGAAAAAUGUCUGCUUCCAUUCAGAGUGCAUUGAGGACGGUGUGCCGCAUCUCGCCUUCCAUUUUAUACCCCCUGCGACAAUACCAGGUACCCGGAAGAACAUGCAGAGCAGCUCUUCCGCCAUUUUCACUACCAAGCCGCGCUUUCUGCCAAGCGGUGUCACUGCCGGACCAGGAUGUCGCUCAGGCGACCGAGGCGCUCUCUCGCUACAAAGACAGACCGUGGGAUUAUCUGGAGAGUGAAGAGUACAUUGAGAGAUAUGGAAGCCAGCCCGUGUGGGUGGGCUACAGAAGGAACCACAAAGGAGGAAUUCCACCACAAAAGACUCGCAAGACCUGCAUAAGAGGAGACAAGAUAUGCGGGAACCCUUGUCCAAUAUGUCGAGAUGCCAAUGUUAUUGUUCAUCAUCAGAACGUGAAGCUGUUGCAGCAGUUCAUCAGCCCCCACACGGGAAUGCUCUACGAUCCCACUCAGACCGGUGUGUGUAUGAAACAGCAGAAGAAGCUGACUGCUGCAAUCAAGAUGGCGCAAGACCACGGCUUCCUUCCCUUUCAGAUUCCCUAUGUGGACUUUGUAGGGGAAGAUUACUCCAACUGCCACGAUGCCGUGGGUGUGACGCCCCCCGCCCCUUCCUUAACAUCCAGUGAAGACUGGUAUCAUUGGUAUGGGGAAAUAACACCUGAUGACGAUGAAGUGGCCAAAGUCAAAAAGACGUAUAAGGCUUACCUGAAGCCAGGCGUGUGACCACUGUCCACGCCAUCACUACUAGUAGUACUACUACUAGUAGUACCACUACUAGUAGUACCACCCGCUCUGUUGUAUGUGUAACAUAUUUUACUGUGGCUUUCUACGAGUGUAUCACUGACAAAGACUGCAAAUAAAAGAAGUU